GCCAUUCCCGGAAGCGGCGCGGCCUGCCCGGCUCGGCUCCCUGCGGGCCGGCUGAGGCGGCUCCGGCUCGGCGGGGGCCAUGGGCUGGGCGCGGGCGGCCGCCGAGCGGCUGCGGCAGCGGGCGAGGGGCGCUGAGGUGCUGCGGGAGACCUGCCGCCAGUACCCGCUCUUCUGCUGCCUCCUGCUGGGGCUGGCCGCGGCCACCCUCCUCCUCAACCGGUACCUCCACGUCCUGAUGGUCUUCUGGUCGUUUGUGGCCGGCGUCGUCACCUUCUACUGCUCGCUGGGACCGGAUUCCCUCCUGCCCAAUAUUCUGUUCACCAUAAAAUAUAAACCCAAGCAAUUAGAAUUGCCGGAGCUAUUUCCCCAUGGUCACAGUUGUGCUGUGUGUGGCAAAGUCAAAUGCAAGAGGCACAGACCUGCUUUGCUCCUAGAAAACUAUCAGCCAUGGCUGGAUCUAAAAGUGCCUUCUAAGGUUGAUGCAUCCCUCUCAGAGGUGCUUGAAUUGGUGCUGGAAAACUUUAUUUAUCCAUGGUACAGAAAUAUUACCGAUGAUGAAUCCUCAGUGGAUGAGCUGAGAGGCACGCUGCGGUUUUUUGCAUCUGUAUUAGUUCGGAGAAUCCACAAGGUGGAUAUUCCAACUGUUGUAACGAAGAAAAUGCUCAAGGCAGCAAUGAAACACAUAGAAGUGAUAGCCAAAGCCAGGCAGAAAGUAAAAAAUGCAGAAUUUCUACAGCAAGCUGCUUUAGAAGAGUAUGGACCAGAACUACACGUUGCUUUGAGAAGCCGAAGAGAUGAACUUCACUACUUAAGAAAAUUGACUGAACUUCUUUUUCCUUAUAUUUUACCCCCCAAAUCAACAGAAUGCAGAUCCCUGGCACUUCUUAUAAGAGAGAUUCUGCCUGGUUCUGUUUUCCUUCCCUCUAUGGAUUUCUUAGCUGAUCCUGACACUGUCAACCAUUUGCUGCUGAUUUUCAUUGAUGAUAGUCCACCUGAGAAAGCAACUGAACCUACUUCUUCGUUGGUUCCCUUCCUUCACAAAUUUGCAGAGCCAAGAAAUAAAAAACCAUCUGUCCUGAAACUGGAGUUAAAGGAGAUCCGAGAUCAGCAAGACCUUUUAUUUCGGUUUAUGAACUUCCUGAAACAGGAAGGGGCAGUCCAUGUACUGCAGUUCUGCCUGACUGUAGAGGAAUUCAAUGACCGAAUUUUGCGACCAGAACUAUCAGACACUGAAAAAAUGGCUCUUCAUGAGGAAGUCCAGAAAAUUUACAAAACCUAUUGUUUGGAUGAAAGCAUUGACAAGAUUAGAUUUGACCCAUUUAUUGUGGAAGAGAUUCAAAGAAUUGCUGUAGGUCCAUAUGAGGAUGUUGUGAAACUUCAAACUAUGAGGUGUCUUUUUGAAGCUUAUGAGCAUGUACUUUCUCUCCUUGAGAACGUUUUUACUCCUAUGUUCUGUCACAGUGAUGAGUACUUCAGGCACCUUUUAAGAGGAGCAGAGUCACCGACGCGCAAUUCAAAGUUUAACAGAAGUAGCCUGAGUUUGGAUGACUUCCGGACCACACAGAAAAGAGGAGAAUCAUUUGGAAUCAGCAGAAUAGGCAACAAAAUAAAAGGUGUAUUCAAGAGUUCUGCAAUGGAAGGAGCUAUGCUGCCUAAUUAUAACUUAAAUGAAGGAGAAGAUGACUUUAUUGAAGAAGGUGUUAUGGUGAUGGAAGAUGAUUCUCCCGAGGAAGCUGUUAUUACCCCAAAUACACCUCGCAACCUUUCUGCAUGGAAAAUUAGCAUCCCAUAUGUAGACUUUUUUGAUGAUCCCUCCUUGGAAAGAAAAGACAGAAAGGAGAGAAUUCCAGUGUUCUGCAUUGAUGUGGAGAGAAAUGAUAGAAGGGCAGUUGGGCAUGAGCCUGAACACUGGUCUGUCUACAGGAGGUACCUUGAAUUUUAUGUGCUUGAGUCCAAGCUAACGGAGUUUCAUGGUACGUUUCCUGAUGCUCAGCUUCCGUCAAAGAGAAUCAUCGGCCCCAAGAACUAUGAGUUCUUAAAAUCCAAGAGGGAAGAGUUUCAGGAAUAUCUGCAGAAACUUCUGCAACAUCCAGAACUAAGUAACAGCCAACUUUUAGCUGACUUCCUGUCUCCUAAUGGAGGAGAGACUCAGUUUCUUGAUAAAAUGUUGCCUGAUGUGAAUCUUGGUAAGAUUAUAAAAUCGGUUCCAGGAAAGCUGAUGAAAGAGAAAGGUCAGCAUUUGGAGCCUUUCAUCAUGAAUUUUAUCAACUCCUGUGAAUCUCCCAAGCCUAAACCAAGCAGGCCUGAACUUACAAUUCUGAGUCCCACUUCUGAAAACAACAAGAAGCUCUUCAAUGAUUUAUUCAAGAAUAAUGCAAACCGGUCUGAGAAUACAGAAAGACGACAAAAUCAGAACUACUUCAUGGAAAUGCUGACUGUAGAAGGUGUCUAUGACUACUUGAUGUAUAUCGGUAGGGUAGUUUUCCACAUUCCUGACUGGCUGCAUCAUCUCUUGAUGGGAGGAAGAAUUCUCUUCAAAAAUACCUUGGAACUGUACACAGACUAUUACUUGCAUUAUAAGUUGGAACAGCUAUUUCAGGAACACCGUUUGGUUUCUCUGAUAACACUGCUGAGAGAUGCUGUGUUCUGUGAGAAUACUGAACCUCGCUCUCUCCAGGAUAAACAGAAGCGAGCAAAGCAGACUUUUGAAGAAAUGAUGAGAUACAUUCCAGAUUUAAUCGGCAAGUGCAUUGGGGAAGAAGCUAAAUACGAAGGCAUCAGGCUUCUGUUUGAUGGCAUGCAACAACCAGUGCUCAACAAACAGUUAACUUACGUUCUGUUGGACAUUGGGAUUCAAGAACUCUUCCCAGAGCUAAGUAAAGAAGAAUCUCUAGCCAGUGUGCACACAAAAAUUUUCUGGAGUGGAAGACCCUCUUGAGUGACUGCAGCCAGCCAUCGCAUUUGAGCCCUUUCUGAUCCAUGAUCGUGCAGUAUUUCCAUCUGAAAGCUUUUAGUGUUUUGCCCCUCUCAUAUAAUGAAAGAUGCUACCAGAACCUUUCAGUCUGUUACCUUUCACUAUUCCUAAUUGUUUCUAUGUGAAUUUAUUUCUGUGUAAACAGUUGCUCUCUAAAAACCACACCACUGCUACCCCCAUGCAACCAUAGACUGAAUUUGAUUGUAAACAUCACUCCCACUUGUGAGAAUCAAAUCUAAAUUAAAACAUCCUGAAGAACCAAGAAAUAGUCUGUAAGGAAGGUCCAAAAGGAAGUGUUGUUUUGGUAGUACAAACAUGCUUAACUAAAUUAUAACUAUAAUCAGUCUGGAAUCAGAACAUACCCAGGGUAAGUUCCAGAUGAUACAGACGUGCUCCUAGAAGAGACUUUUGUUUUCCUUUCUUUGUAAUAGGGCAUUACGUCUUUUUUUUUUUUUGUCUUCAGAAAUAAUUUUAAUCUCAAAAACUUUCUGAAGCUGUCCAUUGUCCUAAAAGAUGUCUAUGUUAACUGUAGGAAUGCUGCAUUUCUAAUAGUUUGCAUACCACUAUAAAGAAUGUUAGAAAACACCCCGCAUGCUGCUGCCUUUGCUGUGUCGGGCUGCAGAACUCACGAGUAGUCUGAUGCUUUUGAAGGCAUAGGUUAACGGCUGCAGAAAAAGCUGUUGUCUUUUCCUCCCUCCACCUGUCUUGUUCGCCUGAGCUGUAUGUCGCUGAGUAGGACAAAGACAGUUCUGCCUUUGCAAAUGCUUCCACAGAGCAGAAUUUUGAGGUCUAACAGAAAUAGUACCUUUCCUUUAGAUCCAUUGUUUAGUAAUCGGUAAAAGUGCAAGGCAGUGUGCAUAAUAUUUAGUCUAGUGUGGUUUUUGCUUUUUCACUGGUUUACCAUGAUCUCAGAACCACUCUCUAAGCAUUGACAAGGCUCAGUUGCUUUUUGAAACUUUCAAACUUCUUGAAACUUUUAUGAUUUAACUGUGAUUAAAAAAAAAAAGUUAACUAAAAGCAAAACUAGCAAUCUAGAGCCAUCAGAUUAGAAACAAAUUUAUCCAAUAAAAGCAAAAAAUCUGUCACGUAUAUAGGAAGAUCUUUUAGCUUUCAGGAAUUGUCUGCUACCUUCUUAGAGCCUGUGCUUACCUU